AUGCAAUUGGAUUCAGAGCAGAACUGGCGUGAGUGGCAACCCGAUCCACCGGACGCAAUUCCAGGUCAAAGUCGACGUUUCAGACAGAAUGCGGAUGUGUUCAAUAUGUUGGUAUCUGUAUAUGGCAGUAAGGAGCUGUUCGUAAAAGAGUACCGACAGCUAUUGGCCGAAAGACUGACGAAAUCGUGGAACAGAGAUCCGUUGUUCGAACUUCGAUACCUGGAAUUGUUGAAGCAACGAUUCAGCGAAGGUGAACUGCAACAGUGCGAAGUGAUGCUGAAGGAUAUGCGCGAUUCGGAUGUGGUUGAUCGUUGGGUACGGAAUAAUCUGGUGAGUGCAUUUGUAUUUGAGCUGAACUGA